AUGGAUCAUCUACCGUUGCUAUCUUUGACUCCUCGAACACUUCCAUCAGCUCUGCUUCCGUACAAUGUUAAACAUCCAUUGGACUACAUAUCCAAUGUUACUGCUCACGCACAAGUGAGAAUCACCAGUAUUGAGGCCAUUGGGGUGGACAUGUCUCCAGAAUGGAGGAUCAUCGCCUUCCUAAGAUUCUAUCCGCAAAAGAAGAGCCCCAAAGAGGAGAUACAAGGAGGCCCUGAAACAAUACCUUAA